AAUGUGGGAGUGAAACAAAAUGUAAACAAUCAUGCCGGUGCGAUUGUCAAUUGUCAUAAAAAACGUAACAGGUCGCAGGAGCUUUUGAAGAUUUUAGUGAACCUUAAUUUAUAUAUUUCCAACAGUGAACCAAUUUUUACUAUUUAUUCUCAUCCCUUCUAUUUUUCAUCAGCUCAGCUAUGGCAGCAUCAGUGACUGCAGCUUCAGGAGAGCCAAAAGAAAAGCGGAGGAAGGAAAGCAUUUUAGACUUAUCAAAGUAUCUUGAAAAGAAGAUCAAAGUUAAAUUUGCUGGAGGACGAGAGGUUUCGGGUAUCCUCAAAGGAUAUGAUCCAUUAGUAAACUUGGUCUUAGAUAGCACCAUUGAAUAUCUAAGAGAUCCUGAUGAUCCCUACAAACUCACUGAUGACACCAGAAUGCUUGGGCUUGUCGUCUGCCGUGGCACAUCCGUUGUCCUUAUUUGUCCUCUUGAUGGUCUAGAAAGUAUUCCCAAUCCUUUUGUCCCACAAGAUACAUAAAGUCUUCACACUUAAAGGUAAUCAAUUUUUGUGUAAAUAUUUAUCGAUAAGUAUUAAUGUAAGUUUCUUUAAGUUGAAUUUGUAAAUUAUCUGUACAAAUACCAACUUCUCUUUAAUUAAAUUAAGAAAUGAUAAUAAAAUUUGACCAACACCGAU